AUGCUUUGGCUUUCCACAAUUUGUGUGCUUGACGCUGUUCUCGGGUCUGAGGUAGGCAACCGUAGCUUUCGUACCCUACCCGUUUCAACUUUGUGCGCCUUGCCUAACGGCGGCGUGGGCGGCACCCUCGCCUCCGCAUCUGCCACCUGUCGCGGCCUCCGCCCUAGCGUACUCGACUUCCUCCCCGUUCUCAUCUGCGCCGCCGCACCGGGGUGCGACGAGGAUGUGGUGGAAUGCGCGGUGUGCCUCAACGAGUUGGAGGAAGGGGAGAAGAUGCGAGCCCUCCCGCGGUGCGGCCACUGCUUCCACAUGGAGUGCAUAGACAUGUGGUUUCACUCCCACUCCACCUGUCCCCUUUGCCGCACCGCCGUGGAGGCUGCCCCGCCACCGCCGCCGAUUCAGGUGGUUCUGCCGAUACCAGCGCCGACGGAUGAUUCGGGCGCGUUAUUCCUUGAGGAGGAUGCGUCGGAGUCAAGCUCUGCUUCUAGGGACUUAAGGAUCGAGGUGCCGGCGAGGGAAACAGAGGCCGAGCUACGGUUGGGUUGA